AUGGGCAUUUUCUCUCAUCUUGUAACAGCUUGUGUCGGUGUCUAUGGUGGUGCAUAUCUGGCCCAAAAUUAUGAGAUUGGUAAAGUCCCAUCAGUGACCGAGUUAGUACAACAAUUAGAGAAGUACCUUCAAAACUAUAAGAAGGAACGAUAG